UUGAGAUGGGCAGGGCAUUCAAAUGGCAAAGGGAAAGUGGGCACUGGGAGAGGAAAAGGGAAAAGAAAAGGAAAGGGCGUUUUGAGGCUGGUGAAUGGUGAGGGUGUUGAGGGGCGGACGGACGGACGGACGGACUGUGGAUGUGAUGUGAUGUGGAGUGACGACGACUCCUGACUGCUUAGCUCUAAUUUCUCUCUGCUUGCGCUGUGGACGUUGCCGGCGGUUGUGAUUGACGAGAUCUUUUUUUUGGCGGUGAUGGUCGGACUAGGAUCGCUAUCGUUGCGGAGGCCGCCGGCGGGGAUGAGCGGUUGCCUUCGUAUUCGAAUGGCGGAAUAGAAAUUGGUGUCACGGCCAUCGCCGACCUGGAAAUUGCCGCUACGCGUUAUCUACUCUGCCAGUAGUCGUAGAAGAGAAAUCCGAUGAAUCGCGAGUUUCGACAAAGUAAUUGGAAGUUGUAACCCUAGGACAUAGCGAUUGUAGGGGUUCGUGUUUAGAUUUUUGUAUCGGAAUUGAUACGGAUAGAUAGGUGUACGUGGAUGUUGGUGAAUAAACAUCCAUUAAUGAAAGCGCUCAGGCGGAGCCAGACUUCCUUGGCGUCAAGUAAAUCGAUGCUGUCUCCUUCCUCGACAUCCUCACCGUCGUCGUCGGCGGCUUCAUCUUCUUCGUGGAUUCAUUUGAGAUCGGUUUUGUUAAUCGUCGCUUCGUCAUCGUCUUCCUCGCCAGUUUCAUCUAAUCGAGGAAAUCUUAAAUCUCCCUGGUCUAGAAGGAGAAGGAAACAUGCUCUUCUAGCCAAACAGUGGAAGAAUCUGUUUGAUGCAGAUGGGAAAUUUUUGGAUGGAGGAAUCAAGUUUCUGAAGAAAAUUCGAACUGGGGGGGUAGAGCCAAGCAUAAGGGCAGAAGUUUGGCCAUUCCUCCUUGGAAUGUAUGAUGUGAAAAGUUCUGAAAAACAAAGAGAUGUGAUUGUAUCCCAGAAGAGAAGAAGCUAUUUAGAGUUGCGGAGACAAUGCUAUCUAAUUUCAAGACAUGGAGAGAGAAGUUUUAAGUUGAAGGAGAUAUCUGGAAACAGUGGCAACAAGGAUGGUGGAGACACCACUCAAGUUUUAGAUUCUGGCCUCGAUGAAAUUUCUGGUGCCAGACCUUCUAUUUCCAUGGAGAUUACUACCAUGUCGGCUAAUGCUGUAUAUAAAGAUAUACAAAAUGUAAAUUAUCAUACUCCAAUUGAAUUUGCAGAGCUGGAAGAAGACUGUGCAAUUACUGAGACAAAAGUUUCUGAUGCUGAAAUGGAGUCAUCAGAUUCUGAUUCUUCCGAAGAGUUGGAGGACAUGAAACCCCUUCUCAGUUCAACAGAUGAUGGGGAUAAUCAUCUCUACGAGAGAAUCGACUCAACUCUGAGCAAGUUGGAAAGGAUGCCUACAUUUCAAAAGAACGAAGAUUUUGCUACAUGGCAGAGGAUUAUUCGCCUUGAUGCUAUACGGGUCAAUUCCGAAUGGAUCCGCUACUCUUCUCAAGCUGCAGUUUCAGAAGCCAAGGCACGGCAACUUGCCGAGAGUGUUGGACUGAAGGACUACGAUAGUCUCGAGCCAUGUCAAAUCCAUCAUGCUGCUCGUCUCGUCGCUAUUCUUGAAGCUUAUGCUGUAUAUGAUUCGGAGACUGGUUACUGUCAGGGCAUGAGCGAUUUACUCUCUCCAAUUGUUUCAGUGAUAGAGGAAGACCACAUAGCCUUUUGGUGCUUCGUGGGUUUCAUGCGGAAAGCCCGGCACAACUUCCGGCUUGAUGAAGUCGGUAUCCGAAGGCAACUGAGCAUCGUGUCCAAAAUCAUUAAGUGUAAGGACACCCUUCUCUACAAGCACCUAGAGAAGCUCCAGGCCGAGGAUUGUUUCUUCGUGUACAGGAUGGUCGUGGUUCUCUUCAGGAGGGAGUUGACAUUCGAGCAGACGCUCUGCCUGUGGGAAGUCAUGUGGGCCGAUCAAGCAGCUAUUCGAGCCGGGAUUGUGAAGCCCCCUAGGAGGAAAAUGAGGCUGAGAGCCCCGCCAACGGAGGAUCUGCUCCUGUACGCAAUAGCCGCCUGCGUCCUGCAGAAGAGGAAGCUGUUCAUCGAGAACUACAGCAGCAUGGAUGAAAUUGUGAGAGAAUGCAAUAAUCUCGCCGGUCAUCUUGAUGUCUGGAAGCUCUUGGACGACGCCCACGACCUGGUAGUGACCCUCCACGACAAGAUUUAGCGAAUUUCCGCCGAUUGGUUCAUAUAUGUUAUCUGUUGUUUCUCUCAUUAGGUUAGGGAAGACUGGAGAGGUUUUAACUUGCUUUGCAGAGGUUAUUUGUGGAAGAAUCACUAGUGAAGCAGGAACUUGCUAACAGUGUUCUUACUGUGUUGUUUCUAUCGCAUGUAUGUAGUUCUUAUGACAUUCAAAAUUUGAAUGCCACGCCAUGAAUAAAGAAUGCGAAAAGAGUUAUAUAUGUACAA